AUGGAGGUCGCAGCCACCGGUGCGCCGCGACUACAACGCGCGCUCACCAAGGUCCGUGCCGACAGCGGCAAUGGUGACUUCGCCGAGGCGAUAGCUGGUGGCAACGGAGUGUACAGCUCGGGGGGCGAAGCGAGCGACGAGAACCAGGAGCAAGCCGAGCAAGCAGCUCGGAGAUCUGCGAGCACAGACAAGAAGAACCCCAUCCGACUGCUGGACGUGGCGUCGCUGUCUGUAGAGGGCUCUCAAGGCCACGCCAAUGAGGACCGAUGUGUGGUGGCCAGCAACGAGCGGUUUCACCUGUUCGCAGUCAUGGACGGCCAUGGCGGCUCGUGGGCUGGCGAUUUCCUCGUCGACGAGCUGUUCAAGACUCUGGACGAAGUGUACGACGACGGCUUCGAUCAUGCGAAGCUCUCUAAGGCGAUGGAGGAGCUAGAUCGCAGGUUUUGCGGUAUGGCCAUGCGGAAAAUGGACAUGAGUGGCGCUUGUCUGCUGGCCGUCCUGCUGUAUGUGGACCCGAACACAGACACCCCGCAGAAGAUCGUGCUCAAUAUCGGAGACUGCCGCGCUAUUAUUCACGAGGCGUCAGAAUCCGCUACAACAGGGAAGAAAGUGAAGGGGAAAGCGCCACCGUCUACGGCGGGGAAGACGAUUGCACUGUCAGACGAUCAUUGCGCAGCUAAUGUGAAGGAGAGAAUGCGAGCGCUAAACAGUGGAGCAUACAUCCAGAACAAGCGCAUUGCAGGCGUAUUGGAACCCUUCCGAACUAUCGGAGAUAUCGACAUGAAGGGCCCCGACAUGAAGAACUGGGUCAUCCCCACACCCGAGAUCCGUCGAAGUGAGCUGCUUGUUGGUCGCAGCAUCUUAGUCAUCGCCACGGACGGCGUCUGGACGGUGCUCAACAAUAAUCGCACAAUGGCGUUAGCAAUUAAGGAGCUCGGUACCAAUAGAAGAGCGUCCGCCGAAUCCGCUGCCCAAGCCAUCGUCAAGGAGGCGCGGGAGUUCGGCAGCAGCGACGACAUCACGGUGACUGUCGUAUCGGUCUAA